UGAAACUCCUAGCCAGUUAUCUUUUCUACAUACCUACUUAGUCAUGACUCAAUCUUCUUUAAACUCCCCUCAAGAAGGUUACUCUCAUGAGGCCACCGUGGCUGCCAUCACAUCCUACUAUGAGCUCCUCGCCCGCGUACACCCUGGCAGUGUCUCUUCUCUCAAACACCCUCCCCCAGGCGGAUGGCCUCAGAUCACAUCCGAAUCCUUCUCUAUCUUGGGCAGGAACGAUACCGUCUGAUUUAUUUUCUCCAAUCUUCUUGCGACAUUGAUGGGGCUAGGCGGGUGGAUGACGUCUCGGCUAGCACGCGCUCCCAGUGAGGAGGCUCCAUGAAGCGCCACAUGAUUGCAGAAGAUUACAAGCUGAUCUAAGGGCCAUGAGCGGCAGGAAUGAGGCCGUAGAGUGGGCUCCGGACCGGACGUAGCCCGUGCCCUCUCGGAACGGAACGAGUAUCCGCAACGGCAACCCUGGUACCCCCGGGUUUCGUCACGAUGAAAGUAUCUGUACGUCGCAAGAUCUUGAUAGUCUGACAACUAUUCCAUCGCUGUUCCGAGAUCGGGAUCGGUUUCAGACUGCCUUGAGAAUCAAUUUUCUCAUUCGUUCCUCAAAAACGUGUAUGCC